CUCGCCUCGGUCGCCCGUCGCUGCGGACGGACCCCCGGAGGAUGGCCGGCCCAGGCCGGAGGCCCUCCGGCCUCUGAGCCGGGAGAAGGAGGAGGAGGAGGAGGAGGAGAAGAAGAAGAAGGAGGAGGCCCAGGUUUUGUGGGCACCGUUGGGGGGGCCUCCUCUCCCCUCCCGUCCCCCUCUGCCUCUCCCAGGACUGUCCUGUCCCACCAUGGAGACGGUGGACAAGGAGUGCGGCGCCCUGGGGGGCCUCUUCCAGGCCAUCGUCAACGACAUGAAGAGCUCAUAUCCCAUCUGGGAAGACUUUAACUCCAAGGCUACCAAGCUCCACUCCCAGCUCAGGACCACAGUCCUGGCUGCAGUUGCCUUCCUGGAUGCCUUCCAAAAAGUGGCCGACAUGGCCACCAACACCCGAGGAGCCACUCGGGACAUCGGCUCUGCCCUUACCCGCAUGUGCAUGCGGCACCGCAGCAUCGAGGCCAAGCUGAGGCAGUUCACCAACGCCUUGCUGGAGAGCCUCAUCAACCCCCUGCAAGAGAGGAUUGAGGACUGGAAGAAAACCGCCAACCAGCUUGACAAGGAUCACGCCAAAGAAUACAAGCGAGCUCGACAUGAGAUCAAGAAGAAAUCUUCAGAUACGCUGAAGCUGCAGAAGAAGGCCCGCAAAGAGCUACUUGGGAAGGGGGACCUCCAGCCGCAGCUGGACAAUGCCCUCCAGGAUGUCAACGACAUGUACCUGCUGCUAGAGGAGACGGAGAAGCAGGCCGUGCGCCGGGCCCUCAUUGAGGAGAGGGGCCGCUUCUGUACUUUCAUCACCUUCCUUCAGCCGGUGGUGAAUGGAGAGAUCACCAUGCUUGGGGAGAUCACCCACCUGCAGGGCAUCAUCGAAGACCUCGUGGUGCUGACGGCCGAGCCCCACAAACUGCCACCAGCCAGUGAGCAGGUGAUCAAAGACCUGAAAGGCUCUGAUUACAGCUGGUCGUACCAGACCCCACCAUCCUCUCCCAGCAGCUCUGGCUCUCGCAAAUCCAGCAUGUGCAGCAGUGUUAACAGUACAAAGGGUGGCACCCCAUGGCCUGGCGGGUCCCAAACAUACUCACCCAGUUCCACCUAUCGCUACCGCAGCCUGGCGCAGCCAGUAAAUACCAACACCCGCCUCUCCAGCGUAUCUUCCCACGACUCCGGCUUCAUCUCCCAGGACGCCAUGUACUCCAAGCCGCCAUCCCCGAUGCCUUCGGACAUCACCAGUCAGAAGUCCUCCAGCUCUGCGUCCUCUGAGGCCUCAGAGACCUGCCAGUCAGUUAGCGAGUGCAGCUCCCCAACCUCGGAUUGGUCCAAAGCCGGCCCUUACGACCAGCCCACGGUGACUACCUUGCAGCGGAGGAAAGACCGAGUGGAGCACCUGCGGGAGGCGGAGCUGGGCCCGGCGGGCGCAGGGUACCCGGGCGCCGGCAGCGACGAUCCGCCCCGGCCCAGGAUGUCCCCGGCCACCAUCGCCGCCAAGCACGGCGAAGAGGUGUCGCCGGCGGCCAGUGACCUAGCCAUGGUGCUGACCCGCGGCCUCAGCCUGGAGCACCAGAAGAGCAGCCGGGACUCACUGCAAUACUCCAGCGGCUACAGCACCCAAACCACUACCCCAUCCUGCUCCGAGGACACCAUCCCCUCUCAAGGUUCGGACUACGACUGUUACUCGGUCAACGGAGACGUGGAGGGCGAGGGCCAGAGCGAGUUCGACAAGUCGUCCACCAUCCCGCGCAACAGCAACAUUGCCCAGAACUACAGGCGGAUGAUCCAGACCAAGCGUCCCGCUUCCACCGCCGGGCUGCCCACGGGCCCCGCCCUGCCGGCCGGCGCUCCCCCGGGGGUGGCCACCAUCCGCCGCACCCCCUCCACCAAGCCCUCGGUGCGCCGCACCCUCUCCAGCGCCGGCCCCAUCCCCAUCCGGCCGCCCAUCGUGCCCGUGAAGACUCCCACCGUGCCCGACUCGCCGGGCUCGGGGGGCGGCCCCGUCCGGGUGGGCAGCGAGGAGUGCGUCUUCUACACGGCCGACGCCUCGCCCCACGGGCCCGACUUUUUGAAGGGCUCCCCCAAACGACUCAGCCUGCCCAACGCUUCCUGGGGCGGCGCCGCGCCCGAAGUGGCCGGCUACCCGGGCGGGGGGCCGCCCCUCUCGGCCGAAGAGGAGGAGGAAGAGCAGCAGCAGCAGCAGCAGCUGGCGGCCAACAGGCACAGCCUGGUGGAGAAGAUCGGGGAGCUCGUGGCCGGGGCCCACGCCCUGGGGGAAGGGCAGUUUCCCUUUCCCACGGCCCUCUCGGCCACCCCGGGGGAGGAGACGCCCGCCCCGCCCCCCGCCGCCCCCAGCGACCCCCCGGCCGAAGACAUGUUGGUGGCCAUCCGCCGGGGGGUGAGGCUGCGGAGGACCGUCACCAACGACAGGUCGGCCCCCCGCCUCUCGUGAUGCCGCGGCGCCUCCCCCGCCUGCCCCGCGGGGAGACCCGGACGGACGGCGGCCUGAGCAGCGGGCCCCUGGUCGCCGGGAGGAGCGGCGAGGGACGAAAACCGACGGUUGGAAAAAUCCAAUGGAGAGCAAACCACAAAAGGCCAAGCCACUUUACGGACUGAGACACACGCAGUUGAGAUUUUAAACAGGUCUGACAAACUUCGGAAGGGCGGAGCCUAACCUUGAACUGGUUUCGGAGCCUAUUUUGUACUUUCUCUUACCCACUCCCUUCCCUCCUCCCUCUGUCCUCCUCUUCUCACCCCCCUCUGGCCUCGGCGCAUCUCGCCUCCUCGCCUGGAGAUGGGGGUCCUCCAGGAGGAGGUAGGGGAAGGCGUGGGAGCCGUCUGUCAGCGAGGGGCUCAACCCAGACUGGAAUAAGCAACUCACAACACCCCCUCCCUACCGCACCGCCCCCACCCCCACGUACACACUCCCUCGCUUUCUCACUUCUCCUCUCUCCCACAUUCGUGGGAAAGAGACGGCUCACGGUCUCUCUGGAACUCUGUCCCGUCGGCCUCUAGCUGAGGCACCGGUUCCCUUCUCCCCUCCGUCUUCUCGUCCUCCUCCCACCUUCCUCCUUCGGCCUUUCCUUUAUGUCUCUCGGGCCCCCCCUCCCUCCUCUCUCUGCCGUGCUCUUUGAAUUGGCCAGUAGGGAAGAGGACAAUGUGGCUGCGGAGAGGAGCGAGAGGUUCUCUGACUUUGGUACAGCAGCGGGACAGAGGACCUCAGGUCCUCGCUUACUUGCCUCCUGGAGGAAAAACCCAAGUGCCGCCCUGGGUUACUCCAACAGCUAAGGAGAAUAACAGGGCCUUGACGCUGUUCUAGCAGCACGGACGAUCAAGCCCGGGAUUGCCAGCCAUCUCUCGCCGUGGACAGGUUUGAGUACACAACAGCAGGUUUUGGCCCCCGGAGUCUCCUCCAGGGCUCCUUCCGUAACCCACUGGGGGCCCUGGGGUUGGGGGCGCGAAAAGAGGGCUGCGGGGAGGCAGCGGGAGUCCAGAGGGCUGAGAGGGCCUCGACCUCAGGGACAGCUGGGCGGUCUUUCCGGGGGAACCAGCUGUAACGGUGGGGUCCUGGUGAAAUGAUUAGCCGCACUGUUGGACCGGAAGGUUCAGCCGGCUAUUCAUCUCUGUCUUGGACCAGAGACCGGAGGGGAGGGGAGGGAAUGGGUUGGGAGAGGGACUAGCCAUUACGAUAUAACAAUAAUAAUAAUAAUGAUAAACAGGAAGGGAUUGUUUUGGACUGAAGGCUGUGAGCACAAAGGGUAGGAGGAGUGUGUGUGUGUGUGUGUGUGUGUAUGUGCUGUAUGUAUGUCUGUGUCUGCGAGCAACACAGGGAGAAGGGUGCUGGGCUCUUGAUUUAUCUGGGCAGUGGGCAGUUAAUUGAAAUUCUUCCCCUUUAUUCCUCCUCCCCCACCCCCAACCAGCAUUCAUCACUUGAAUGUAGGGCCUAAGGUCCAAGGUGCCCAGGUGUGGAAGAACAGAGGGAAAACAGCUCAGAGAAAGACAGGGCUGGGACUAACAGAGGGUGGGGGAGCAAGUGGAGGAGACUCCUUGAGGACUGGCUUUGACUCUCUGUUGCCAGAGGAGAUGCCAUUCCAGUGAAGACUCCACCCACCCACCGGACCCCGGUCCUGGGAACGGAGGCACUGUUGGUCCUGCCUAGCCCUGAGCCGGAGGGCAGUUUGAGAUGAGGGCUCAGCCCUCGGUUCGUGAGGGCCCGGUUGGUCUUCCUCCUGCAGCUCCUGCCUGGCCUGAGGUCUGAGGCCUGAGAAAAUGGGAGGAAACAGGCGUUUCUGCAAGGAAAGAAAGGGCCACAGCCUUCCAGUUCUUUACUGCUGGGCCUGAAGUGUUGGCAAAUUAGGGGAAGCUGAUUCUUCUGUAUAUCUCAGGAGUGAGGACCGCAUCAGAGCCUUUUCCACCUGGCCUUGGACCUUGAUCUCCCUUAAGGUUGGACCAGCAGGUAAAGGGGGCCUCAAAUAUGAGGCAGGGAGACCGAGACCAAGAAACUAAGAGGGAAGCAGCAUGCCAUACUCCAACAGCCCCUUCAUCGCUUGGGUGAGGAGUCUGCAAACACAAAGCUUUGCCGGGGAGGGUCUCGGUGGCAGUAGAAUUGAACUGGAUCAAGCCCCAGCUCUGGCCUGUCCAGGUUUUCUCUGCAAUUCGGGAGCAGAGGUAGGGCUGGAAUGGGGGGUAGGGGCGUCGAGGGAGGGCGGAGGUACAGAUCCCAACCACCAUCCACUUCCUCCAGUCUGGGAGCCAGGGCCAGGGCGGUAGCAGUGACAGGAAGGUGCUGACGUUGGCAAGUAGCCAGUUUGGAAAGCAAGUAGUAGGUUGGAAUAAUUUGUGCCAUUUUUUUGCUCACUACCCGGCACCGUCUUGCUUAAUGAAGUUGGUGGUGCCCGGUGGGAGCGGGUGGCUGAAGUGUUGUGGGUUGGCGACUCGUAUGUGCGGUGAGGAAAUGUGUGUUUCAGAAAGUGGUGUUGGGGAGGUGACCGUGGCUCAGCAGACAGGCAAGUGUUUUCCACUCCCCUGGCCCUUUUCCCCGGCCACCAGGCCCCCUCCCAGCCCGGAAAACCAGCUGGCUACCCAAAGGGCACGGGCCUGGUCCUACCCAAAGCCUAGCCACCUUCACGAUGUCCUCCCUCAAGGCCUCCGGGGAGGUUGCCUUCCUUCUACUGUUCCCCCAUCAGUCCCAGUGCAUCGGCUUGAGCCUCCAAACAACUCUCCCGGCUGUGUGGGAACCACUGGUGCCGUGAGGCCGGGACGGGCUAAGGGGAGACAAGGUUGUGGAUGCGGCUCGAGGCUGGGAGCGAGACAGCGCUCGUUUUCCCACCUCCUUCGUGGCCCUGAGGAGUCAGACCCAGCCCUAGUGAGAGGGGAAGGGGUAGGCCCUAUUGGCCUGUUAGCAGACGGGCCCCUCGCCCCUUCUUCCAGCGCCGAGAGAGGAGGAGCCCCUGCCUUAAGCCAGGAAUGGGAGGGAUCGAGAGGAAGGGUCAGAGGGCAGGAAAAUAGUUCCAUUCCCCCCACAUUCCUCACCUCUUCUCUCUGGAGUUUCCUCCAACAAAGCUGCUCACAAUGUUGUACAUAGUCUUGUGUGAGCGUGUGUAUGUGUGUGUGUGGGUGUAUGUGUGCACACGUGUGUGCAUGCACUCCAGCCCAGCCCCUGUCCCCUCACCACCUUAGUAAUAACAAUUUAGGCCCCAGCCCGCCCCCACCACCCCCCUUCACCUUAUUGUGACCAGGGUUGAUAAUGUCGCGUAAACAUGUUUGAUUUGGGGAUUUUUUUGUUUGGUUUCGUUUUUCAUUUUGUACAGAGAAAAUUUUCUUUCAAAAAAUAUCUCUCAACUGAAGUAACUUUUCUGGUGCUGUUGUUAACUUGUUCCAUUUUAUAAUUUAUUGCUCCUGCCUCCCUCCCCACCCUCCCCAGCUCCCUCUCUCCCAUUUCCUCCUCCACCAUUUUGUUUCUUUUCAUUUUGUUUUGGAGACGUGAUCCUCUUCCCCUAUUCCCCCCUUGAUUUAAAUAGUCACUGCUACAAGUAACAAAUGCACUGUGAAGAUCCAGUAUUAAUAAAGUCGUACUGUAAUUAACA